AAGAUAGAAAUGAAAUUAACCUAGUUCGGAAUGCACAUUCUUCCAUACAGAAUUGUGUGUUCUUUCUCUCUCUCCCUGCUCACUCUGUGAGAACUCACAAGUUAGAAGUGAGCCUAACCUACAUGAGAUAUCUAGAUCUCCAGCAUUGACUCUAUGUAACUAACUUUCCCAUCAAUUUGUCCUUUUAAUUUUGGUUUUGCUUUUGCUUUUGCCGAAUGGAAGAAGCGGUGGUCAUGCAGCAGAGCAGAAAGCGGAGAUUCCAAAGAGGAUAAUCACUAUUUUGGUUCUGCUUUCUGGUUUUCUAUAGUCUAUCGGUUUUGGAUUUUUUUUAAAUUAAUUGGACACAAAUAAAAUAUUCGAUCCCUUCUGCACUUACUGAGUACUCACAUGCUUCAUCACUAAGCGGUCAGUCGGUGAAAGGUUCAACCGUGGAGGUGCUCCUUCUGGUAAGGAAAAUAUCUUGAUUGAAUAAAGUUGUGACCUUUAUGGAGAAAUUGAGCUUCUGAGAGGACCCUGUGAUAGUCCCAGGAAGGAAUCUAAUUAUUUUCUUUUCCUUGACGUUUUUCAUUGAGGAUUGGAUAAGUGAAGUGAAUGGAGGUUGCGGAGAUGGAUGGAAAGGAGCCACAAGUUGAGGUUCCUUUGGUACCUGCCACCCCUAUUAAGCCUGUUCCUCUAAAACCAGUGCCGAUCUACACGCCUGGGGUGAUUAACCAAAUGGGUUAUCAUGCAAAUGGAGCUGUUGCAUGUUAUGAAUUUUCAAUUGGCCAGGAGAAAUUGUGUAGGUCGGAUGUUGGGUCAAACGUCGCCGAAGUUGGGUCAAACGUUGCCGGAGACAGUGGCAAUACUUGUGAACAUACAGCUUCGGAUGCUGCUUCCAGCUUCAGCAAACUCGGGUUUUGUGAUCAUUUGUUCGCAGUUGAGGCUGAAUCGAGGAACUCUAGUGUGACAAAAGGGUUUAAUGAAGGAUUGAACAAUUCAUUUGUUCCUUCUUUCAUCCUUGACAAUAUUCGAGACCCUCAGGAAACAUACAUUGCUUGCUGUAGCAACAGAAUUUCACAGGAUACCCCAUUUACACUUGACAAUGCCAACAAAGAAAGCGGACAAAUAGCAUCAAUGCAACAUAUGGAAGAAAAUGAUUCAGGAGGAAAAGAGAGAGAUGGCCCUACUAGUACGCUUGACAAUAAUGUACUGCCAAGCAGCAAAGAACUCUGUGACCCUAUCAUGGAAUUUGCUGCUAUUUCUUCACCAUUCAAGGAGAAUCAAAACCAGGAUAAGGGAAGCAAUCUUGAUACUGAUCUUAAUAAAACACCACAACCAAAACCAAGGAGAAGAAAGCACCGUCCCAAGGUCAUCAAAGAAGGCAAACCCAAAAGAACUCGGAAGCCUGUUACCCCAAAGCCCGUUCAAUCAAAAGGAAACCCAACUGUGAAGAGGAAAUAUGUGAGAAAGAAUGCAUUGACCAAGACUUCUAUUCCUCCAACGGAAGUGACUAGCGAAUUGACAAAAGAAAUGCCUGAAACUGCCAAAACAUCUUGUAGAAGGGUCAUAAAUUUUGACAUGGGAGCAAAAGAUGAAAGUUCUGCUGGCAUAGAAAACAUAACUGCACUAUUGGGAAAAGAAAAUGGUGUGAAUGUAGGCCUUGCAGAUGAUCUGAACACUUCUGUGAAGCAGGCGUCAAACAGUUACACAUCAAUACCAGAAGACACACAAGCCCAAAAUACAUUUCCUUCGGGAAGAAAAGGCUCAGGGACAAAGCCAGCUGCAAAGAGGAAGUAUGUGAGAAGGAAAGGAAUGAGCAUGACUUCUGCUCCUGCAGCAGAAAUGACGAACGAGAUGCCCCAGUCCACCCAAAUGUCAUGUACAGAGUUCAGAAAUUUUGAUGAAAGAACAAGAGAUCAAAGCUGUGAAGUCAAAGAGCAUGCAACAGUAUGUACGGGUAGUGAAAUUGGUGUAAUCAGGCGGGAAAUGAAUGCAGGCCUAGCAAACUAUUUAAACACUUCCAUUAUGCAGCCAUCAAACGAUUGCAUGUUUUUAGCAGACGACUCACGAGCCCUAAAUACAUCUUCAGGAAGAAAUAGCUCUGUGACAGGACUAGAGGAAAACUCAGCUGUUAAGAAGAAUACAAGGAAAAAGGUGAAUUCGACUUCUCCAACAGAAGUAGCUGGAGAAAUGAUUACAGAAAAUGUUCCUGGAUCAGCCCAAGAUAAUCCAAUUGUCAUUCCAGGCAAUGAAAUUGGUGUAGCCAUGCAGGAUACUAAUGUAGGCUUUGCCUAUGAUCUAAACACUGCCAUGAAGCUGGCAUCAAACACUUAUGUGUCAUUACUAGAAGAAACACAAGCCACAAAUACAUCUUCAAGAAAAAAAAGAUCUAGGACAAAGCCAGACGAAAACCCAACUGCCAAGAGGAAGUAUGUGAGAAAGAAAAGGGUGAUAUCAUCUGCUCCUUCAAUUGAAGUACCAGGAGAAUUGACUAGAGAAAAGAUGUCUGCAUCUGCCCAAACAUUAUGCACACAGUCCACAAAUUUUGAUGAAAGAGAAAGAGAAAAAACUUAUGCAGUCGAAGAAAAUUUAAGUGGACAUCCAGACAGUGAAAUUGGUGUAGUCAUGCAGGAAAUGAAUGUAAGCCUUGCCUAUGAUUUAAACACUUCGAUGAAGCAGACAUUAAAUGAAGAUAUGACAUUACCUAAGGACUCACAAGCCCCAGGUCCAUCUUCAAAAAUCAAUCUCCCUGGGAUAAAGACAAAAGAAAACCUGGCCACCAAGAGGAAGAAUGUGAGGAAAAAAGUAUUGAAUCCGUCUUCUAUUCCUUCAGAAAUGACGGGAUUGACUGACGCAGUGAUAGUUCACUCUAACAAUAUGUCAUGGAGGCCUUCAAAUCCUGACAUGGGAACUAGAGAUGUAAGGUCUGUAGGGAGAGAAAAUUUACAUUUGCACAUGGGAAAGGAAAAUGUGGUGUUAGAGGAAACAAAAGUAGGUCUCACCUGUAAUCAAGACCCUUGGAUGAAUGCAACAUUAACUAAUUGCAUGCCAUUACCUGACGGAAUGCAACAACUUGGUACAUCUCCUGGGGCUACACAUCUUAGUACAUCCAUUUCAAAAUACACCCACCUUGGGGCAAAGCUAAAUGACAACUCUGUAGCGAACAAAAACAAGGGACAGGCAACCGCUUGGGAUGGAAACAUCAGUAAUAGUCAAAGUUCAACCAUGAGGUUACAAAUGGAUGGUACAAAGAGGAAAUAUUCUGGUAACUUUAGUCAUGCAGAUGACAGCAGCAUGAAUCUGAUUGGAGCACAGUAUAAUGGAUUGUUCUCAUACCAGUCUAGCUUUUACCUUCAGUUUCCAAACAUACAGAAGAAAAGGAGAACUGAAAAGGGGAAAACUUCUGCCACGUACAACAAAUCUGUGACUGCAACAAAAGAAGUCCAACAGGCAUACCCUCAGGAAGGUGCUCCAGGACAUCCUUAUGCAUCAAGCCCUAGCUGCUGGAUUUAUGGAUCUGGAUAUAAUACAACUGCGGUCCCAGUCAUUGGUGAAUCUGCUGAAAAUUUUAUUGAUAAUACUAGACCAUUUAAUGAGUUUGUCUUGUCUUUGAAAAGGCUGGCAGAAAGGUCCCAAACCUCUAAUUGUGGUUCUGGUUCUCCUACCAGAAUUAGAAACGGUGAUACUGAACCAAAUUAUACUACAAAACAAGUAGGGAUAGCUGCCAGAGAAACAUUUGGAGAUGCAAAAAGACCUCAAACAUGCGUUGAUGCUUUACUCGCAGAUACACCUACAUCACUUCCAAAAAAGAAGCGGAAUAGAAAGAAGAAAGUCCUUUCCAGUUCAGCACAUUCUAGCACAAACGAGAUGCUACAGCACCAUAAUUUUACUUUGGGAAAUUACCCUAUGCCAGUGGGGAAGCCAUCAGAUGUUGCUUCCGAAGUACUGUGGAAGAGCAUGAGCUAUGUUGAUGCAUUAGCAUUGCAGUUUAGACGACUAAACAUAAACACAGAAGCCAGAGACCUUGCUUUUCAGCAUAAUGCACUUGUUCUGUAUAAACAGCAAAAUCAAAAGCAAAACAGCCUUAUCUGUGGAGAUGGGACCAUUGUUCCCCUUCAAAUCAAGAAACAGCAGCUACGACCAAAGGUUGACCUUGAUGAUGAGACUGAUAGAGUCUGGAAGCUUUUGUUGCUUGAUAUAAACAGUCCUGGAAUUGAUGGAACAGAUGAAGAUAAGGCCAAAUGGUGGGAAGAAGAGCGGAAUGUGUUCCGAGGACGAGCAGACUCAUUUAUUGCACGGAUGCAUCUUGUACAAGGAGACAGACGAUUUUCUCGAUGGAAAGGAUCAGUUGUGGAUUCAGUGGUUGGAGUUUUCCUCACCCAGAAUGUCUCUGACCAUCUUUCCAGCUCUGCAUUCAUGUCCCUUGCUGCUCGAUUUCCUAAAAAUUUAAGCAGCAUGUGCAAAGAACACCAGGACGAAGACACAGGGCUGGAACCACAAGUGCGUGUAGUGGAACCAGAAGAAGGGACUGAAUGGAAUGUAAAAUUAUUGAAUCAAUCUGUUAAUGACCAGAGUUCUUUGACAACAGAUAUAGUUGAGCGUUCUGCAGAAAAAGAAGCCAUCAACAGCAAUGAUUCCUGUGGAACGACCAGCAGUGUAAUUAGUUUGUCAGAUGAAUCAAACUCCAGAUUGUCAGUAUCAUCUCAACAAAAUAUUAAGGAACACUGUAGUCCAAUGGGAAGUGGACUAUAUUGUUCCACAAUUGAGGAAGGAGAAGAAAAAUCAUGUAAUGGUGAUAGGAAAGAGUUCAUUGACAUAGUUUCAUCCCAAGGCUCUGUCAUUUCAUCCCAAAUUUCUGGAGAUUUUUCAAAUGAUCAAAAUCCUGAGAAAAUUGGAUCAUGUUCAGAUAGCAACUCGGAAGUAGAAGUUCUAUCGAAAACAGCAAAGUACAACCAUUUUGAUAGUAACACCUCUUUCAGUAAACUCCUUGAAAUGGUUAGUUCAACCAAGUUUUAUGAAGAUAACAAUCAGAAAAGCAAAUCAAAUCUGAACUUAAGAGAUGCAUAUGAUCAACCUUUAUGCAGGCAGCAUGACAACCCAAAAGAAAGCUUGCAAAAAUCAAGUGUUACUCAAGGCUCUUCAGAAGCAUCCAUCAACCUCUCCCAUGACUGCUUUGAUCCUUUCGAAACCAAAUCAUCAAGUGACUUGAUGAAAAGGGAUGAAAAUGGUAUGAACAGAUCUAGUUCACAAACAACAGAACCUGCCAGCCAAGUUGCAAUUACUCUUUCUCAAACUAUGGUGUCUCAAGUCCAUCCUCAGGAACAAAGCAAUCACCAGCAGCAAAGCUUUUUCAAUUUCAACAGCCAUGGACAAACUCAAGAUCUUAUGCAGAAAGAAAGAGGAUCAGAUCUUGGCAAGCACAAAAAUGCCACGAAUGGAACCAAUGAGAUAAGUUCUGCCCCAAUAAAAACAAAGAGCAAGGGUCAAGGAAAAGAUCAAAAGGAUGAUUUUAACUGGGAUAGUUUAAGAAUAGAAGCACAAGCUAAGGCUGGGAAAAGAGAAAAGACACAAAACACCAUGGAUUCUUUGGAUUGGGAUGCUGUGAGAUGUGUAGAUGUCAAUGAAAUUGCCCAGACCAUCAAAGAACGGGGUAUGAACAACAGGCUUGCAGAACGGAUUCAGAAUUUCCUGAAUCGACUGGUUGAAGAACAUGGAAGCAUUGACCUUGAAUGGCUAAGAGACGUUCCACCAGACAAAGCAAAAGAAUACUUGCUCAGUGUAAAAGGAUUGGGAUUGAAAAGUGUGGAAUGUGUGCGGCUUUUAACACUGCAUCAUCUUGCCUUCCCGGUAGACACAAAUGUUGGACGAAUAGCAGUUCGACUGGGGUGGGUACCUCUGCAGCCACUACCUGAAUCACUGCAGUUGCAUCUCCUGGAAUUGUACCCAGUGUUGGAAUCAAUACAGAAAUACCUCUGGCCCCGACUGUGCAAGCUAGAUCAAAAAACACUAUAUGAGCUACAUUAUCAGAUGAUUACAUUUGGAAAGGUGUUCUGUACAAAAAGCAAACCAAAUUGUAAUGCAUGCCCAAUGAGAGGAGAAUGUAGACAUUUUGCAAGUGCAUUUGCAAGUGCAAGGCUUGCACUGCCUGGACCAGAGCAGAAGAGUAUAGUUAGCAUAGCUGGAAAUAGUGUGAUUGACCAGAAGCCAUCUGAAAUCAUCAGUCAGUUUCACUUGCCUCCCCCUGAGAACACAACCCAAGGAGAAGAAAUUCAACUAACAGAAGUGUGCAGGACAUUGGAAUCAAUAUCAGAGAUGAAUAUUUGUCACCCUAUCAUUGAAGAGCCAACAACUCCAGAGCCAGAAUGCUCCAAUGUAUCACAAACUGAUAUAGAGGAUGCUUUCUAUGAGGAUUCAUGUGAAAUUCCUACCAUCAAGCUUAACAUAGAAGAGUUCACUCUGAAUUUACAAAAUUACAUGCAAGAAAAGAUGGAACUUCAAGAAGGUGAAAUGUCAAAGGCAUUGAUUGCUUUGAAUCCAGAAGCUGCUUCAAUUCCUAUGCCCAAGCUAAAGAAUGUGAGCCGAUUACGAACAGAGCACUGUGUUUAUGAACUCCCAGAUACACAUGCUCUUCUGCAAGGGUGGGACACACGAGAGCCUGAUGACCCAGGGAAAUACCUUCUUGCCAUAUGGACUCCAGGUGAAACAGCAAAUUCUAUACAGCCACCAGAAAGCAAAUGCAGCUCCCGAGAAGAAUAUGGCCAACUCUGUAAUGAAAAGGAAUGUUUUUCAUGCAACAGUUUCCGAGAAGCUAAUUCACAGAUAGUUAGAGGGACACUCCUGAUACCAUGUCGAACAGCUAUGCGGGGAAGUUUUCCACUGAAUGGCACCUAUUUCCAGGUCAAUGAGGUAUUUGCUGAUCAUGAGUCCAGUCUUAACCCAAUCAGUGUGCCCCGAAGUUGGAUCUGGAACCUAAAUAGACGAACAGUAUAUUUUGGAACCUCCGUACCAACAAUAUUUAAAGGUUUAACAACUCAAGAAAUUCAACAAUGCUUUUGGAGAGGUUAUGUCUGCGUGCGGGGAUUUGACAGGGAAACACGAGCACCCCGUCCUCUGAUGGCUAGACUACAUUUCCCAGCUAGCAAGUUGGCUAAGACCAAAGAGAAGACAGAAAAGGGAUCGAGUUCCGCAAAAUCACGAGGAAUGAAAUCAAAUGUAGAACAGCCGGAAUUGAUUUCUAACAGUAGCAACUUUUAAUUGAGGGGAAGAAACUGCAGACAAAUCAGUAUUACGCACCCGUAGUGUGUUGACCGGUAGCAUGUAUAAAAUGACGAAGUCAUUAUUUAAUUUAACUUUGAGUUCUUUCUAUCGUGCUCAGAGACUGAGCAGUUUUUCCAUAUUAGGACCCCAAUAAUGUACUAGUGGUAGCACUUAGGCUCUAGUUUCUUGUUUCCAGAAAAAAGAAACACAUGAUGUGGAUUGUGAGCCAUGUAAUGUUAUUAUAUGAGAUUAACUGGGAUACUUGCGUAACAGCAAAGUACCUUCUACCCAAACUACUGCUUAAACUUACGAAUUCUAGAUUUCAGUGUCAUGCCCCUCUCUUCACCAGCGCAGCGCGUACUUAAUCAGAUUAUAACGUGAGCUCUAUUAUAUGGAUUAAUAGAAGGUGCCCAGUUAUAUGGAUUAA